UUGAGUAAAAGAGUUCAAAAGGAAUGGGCAGUGCCGACCAAUGCACAACCACUUCCCCAGCUGUAUCUCUACAAUAGUCUCACCCGACGGAAGGAUUUAUUUGUACCGAACCAGGGUAACGUGGUGAAAUGGUACAUUUGUGGUCCAACAGUUUACGAUAGUUCUCAUAUGGGCCAUGCAAGGACCUAUCUAUCUGUCGACAUUCUUAGACGAAUAAUGACUUCUUAUUUCGGCUACGAUGUGCAGUUCAUUAUGAAUAUCACUGAUAUCGAUGACAAAAUUAUAAAA